AUGCUUCUUUCUUUGAGGAAAAUUGUCGUCCCUGCACUUGCAUUUGCCAGCAUAAGCCAAGCUGCAGUUUUGUGUGAUUCUCCCGAGUCUUUCCUACCCGUGUCCUAUGCAUUGAGUACCACACCUGUGGAUUCUGGUCUCGCUGCUCAUUCCACGCAACGAAAGUAUGCUCUCUCGAAACACGCGCCUGUACUAACUCUCGACUAUGAAGUCGAUGUGGCUGGUUUUCCUUACCUCGACAUUGUUUCAGGCACUGGUCAAAUCGAACUCAAAUAUACCGAAGACUUUGACGGCUUGAACCAGAUCUAUGGCGAUGGACCAUGGACUUUUGUUGUAGGUCUAGCGAAUUCAUUCAGAACAGAGACUUUCAACAUUACUGGGCCGGGACGCGUAAAGUCAACACUCUUGCAAGGAGCACAGCGAUGGGAAACCAUUACUCUCUUGACUGACGACACCAUUGUGGUCUCCAAUCCUGGUGUUGAACCCUCGGUAGAAGUUUGUCCAACAGAAACGCUCCCGGGGUCUUUCUCUGCUUCCAUCCAAAACUAUACGGAAAUUUGGGGGCUUGGAGCUCGAGCUGUUCAAUUGGCAUGCUUCGAUAAAGAGUCACAACCUUCAACUUGGAAAAUCACAGCAAACGGUGCCUAUAUUCAAGGCCAACAACCGGCGAAUUCGCCCUUGGGAUACGGCAUGUCUGAGUACACACUAGAAUUCAUGACCAAGAUCGUCCGAGGUGGUACUGGUUGGCGAGUACUGUCGUCAGCGGUUAGUAGCGGUCCUUAUAUGAUUUUGACAAGCAACUAUCCUGAUCAUUCAACUUUUGUGAAUAUCAACACGACUCUCUUGCCACCUAAUACAUUAAUUGUUGGAAACGGACCAAGCAUCGUCAAUCAAACUUCGCUUACGACCGGCGCCAACCUGUACUACCCCAUUUCUACUAAGAUUCUUGAAGACACCUGGUACAACAUCACGAUAGCGACUGGUACAGCUGGUAUUGAUGUCUAUAUAAAUAGUACAUUGAGCGCCACUGUACCUCUCGUGAGCACCGGCACGUGGGGUUUUGGACCUUUCAUGGACCAAAUUGCCUAUGUCAAGGACGUGCAAGUAACUGUAUCCAAUGGCACUGUCAUCUACCAGAAUGAUAUGAAGUCGGAUCAUACCCUUGCCGAGUACGGUGUGCAGUCCAACACUGUUCCUAUCUGUGUUGAUGGCGGCAAGAGAGAUCGUGCAAUUUGGGUAGGAGAUUUUGUGCACACUGCACGCGUACUAGCAGCCACAACAAACCGCGUGGAGUUCAUUCGAGGUGUUAUUGAAAGUUCGCUCAGCUGGCAACUCCCAGCAGGAGAUGAAGCUUCCGGACUUGUUGCUACUCGAGCAAGUCUUGGGGAUGAUAAUAGAUAUAAAGACCAUUAUUAUGUCACUAAUUAUGGCAUUACGGACUACCAGAUCUUCUUCAUGUUAGUAGUCGGAGACUACUACACGUUGACAAAUGAUCUGGCGUUCUUGACGCCAUACUGGUCACAAGUACAAGCACUCGUCUCACGGAUCGAGACAUAUCUGGACCCUAAUUCUGGGCUUCUCGGUGAUAGCUACGACAACUAUUACUUCACCGCCGGGCCUGUUCCAAAUGCAACUGCACCAGCAGCUCUCUUUGCAUAUGCACUUCGCAAAUUAAUUCCCCUGGCAGAGGCUAUUGGGGACACCGCUAGCGCAUCAGCUUACAGCUCAACCGCGCAAUCGAUCGCAGACGCUAUCAAUGACUUGCUUUGGAAUCCCACAGCUGGAACAUACGGUGUUGCUCUAUCGGACGUCAAUGAUUAUUCACUUACUGCCAUAUCAUUCACUAUCCUUGCAGAAAUUAUGAAUGCUACCCAGAUUGAAUCAACACUUGCCACUGCCCUACCAAAGUUAUUCUAUAUUACGGGAUACAAGGACUCUUCUAGCAUCACCUCUUCACUCACUACCCAGCUCUCACCAAAUACGCAGGGCUUUCUGCUCGAGGCUUUGCUCAUAUCUUUAAAAAACGACUACAGCAGUACCACCACAUCGGCCGCACUUACCGCUAUAUCAAAUCUUCUCAACGUCUACUGGCCACAGAUGUUGAGCACGAGUCGUUACUACACCGGCGCAUCAUGGGAAUACGUCUUUCCAGAUGGCAGUCCCGGCCUUGAGCUUUUUACUAGUCUCGCCCAUCCAUGGGGUAGUGCGCCAACCUACCUGCUUACGCAAUACGUGCUUGGUGUUGGCCCAAAAUCAGCAGGCUAUGAGCAAUGGUCAUUUGAACCCAUACCAGCACUUUUAAGAGGUGGAUUAGAAGGGCUGAGUUGGGCUGAGGGUGUCGUGCCGACACCAAACGGUGGUGCUAUCAAGGCGUCUUGGAAGGUUAACCAGUCUACGGGACAGGUCAAGAUCACUGCCCAAGGGCCAGCACAUACGACCGGAGUGAUUACUUCGACUGUCUUGAUGGGAACUUGGAUUGUAGAUGGCGUACGGAAGACUCUGAAUGGGUCCUAUACUGUGACUGGAGGAAAGCAAGUUGUUCUUGUUGGUACGAUAUAG